CGAGCUUGCGAGGCCGGGAGAUAUUUUUAUUCGUAAAAUCCGUAAUAGAAACAACACUCCCGUAUUCGCUACCGUUAAAUCUAAACAAAAAUGUCGGAAGCACCUUUACCACCUGGAUGGGAAGCAAAAUAUGACCCUAAUUCUGGUAGAUAUUUCUUCUUAAAUCACCUAACUAAGCAAACCACAUGGACAGAUCCAAGAACCAUAUUUUAUAAUUUACCUACGUCAUGUCAACAGCCACAAUUUGCUUAUCAACAGCCAGCACAAUAUCAACAACAGACGGCACAACCAACUACAACAUAUAACCAACAGCCAUCUUUUCGUUAUCAACAACCCACUUCGGAUACUGUUACACAUGGAAAUGGAGAAGCCGAAACUGAACUUUUUGAUGAGAGUGUGUAUAGACCAAGCAAAAAUGAACAAGACAAAUUACUGAAAAAGCUUCGUGAUGAAUUUGAUUUGGUGGGGGUGACAAGUGAGCUUCUCAUAGAAACAUUAGAAGCAGUAAAUUUUAAGGAAGACAUGGCAGUUGAAAUGAUGAAAGGAAUGGGUUUUAAAAAAAAAGGUGAAGCUUCCACAAGUGCCGAACCAGACUCAACAUCUAGAUGGGAAGUUGGUACGAGUACCAGUUCCUCUAGACCUCGCGGUGACGACAAAAAAAAGGCAGCUGCGGCCAAAAAAGAAAAGACAGCUGCAGCCAAAAACAGGAAGAAGCGCCCAAAAAAAUCCCCUUCCAAACCUAUCUGGGAAAACACUGAAACAACUAUUUCGGACAUUGUGGCAGGGUUUGAUGACAUCAAUUUUGAUGACUUAGACAAAAAUUUCAAUUCUGCAUCUGCAAAAGGAUCAGAUACCUUCUUAAAGAGUAUGCAGUCUGAAAGACCCAGCGUUGUCAUCAGUCAAUCUGCAUCUACUGCAGCCUCGUUUGCGAAGUUGCUGUCGGGUUCAGCAAUGCCAACUUCAACUUCCACAUACAGCUCUACGAAGUCUUCAAUCAUUUCAUCGAGUAGCUAUGAAUUGACCAAGAAAUUAAAAGCGACUGGUUGCGAUAGGAGUUUGACAGUUGGUAGUAACGCCACAUUAUUGAGUACGCAAAAGACACUCCACCGAGGCGCGAACGCCAGUCUGUCCUUAGGUCCUAACAGUCAUCUAGCAAAAGGACGUUCCACCAAAACAUCCGGUUCACAAGUCAAAGCCAAAGGAGCUGAUCCAAGGUUAGCUGCUGGAAGAAACCAAUCAUUAGUACAUGGUCCUCAACGAGCAGCGUAAUAUGCACUGUGUUAACAGAAAUGUGAUGUGUUUACACUUAAAGAGCAGUGUACCGAUGUUAGUGAUGUAACAACUACAAAUAACUAUUAUACUUGCAUCGAUGCUUCUAUUUUGCCUCUUUUGAUAUUUAUUUUUUAUUUAUCAAGUAAUAAUUUAGUAAAUUUAAAUGUUUAGCAUUUAAUCUUCCAGAAUAUACCUUAAUAGCUGUUAAGCCCAUAUUUGUUAGUGUAAAUUCGCCAUUUUUGAAAUGAAAUCAUUGGCUCAUUUAAAAAAACAGUUAAAGACAAUUUAAAAUUUUUUACGGCAUAUGAAGGAAAAUACACUAAUGAAGAAAAAUGACGUUUAUUGUAGAUUAAUUGUGGACUGCGUCUGGAUUCUUCAUCUUUACAUCAGAAGUCAAUUUUCUUAGUCCCGAAGUCAGUUUUCUUGAAUUUAAUAUCUUGCCAUUCCCUAUUAAACAUUUAGGAAACACCUAGAACAAAAGUCUGAGUUUAAUCAAAACUGUUUUUUUAUGUCUUAUAUAACUUGUACGAAAUUUGCUUACAAAUCAUACAGAUUUUUUUUCUGAUAAAAAAAUACUUGUACUCUUCAUUUUUAGAUUUGUUUUCUUAUAUAUAUAUAUAUGUAUGUUGUAUAUACCAAAAAGGUAGUUUCGAUUUAAAACCUCGUUUACUGUGCUUUUUUUUUCUUUAUAAUAAAUAACAUAACAAGUGAGGUAAAUGUAUUCAUAUUACAAUGAGAGAUGGUAACUGGUGAGAAAA